AUGACUAAUACAACAUGUUGUCCGGCGGCUAACGUGCCCCUCGGAGCAGGAGAGCGCCGCUCGCCUUUGCUUCUCCUUCUCCUCGCGGCGGUGUCUGAGCAGCCGCGAUCCUGCCUCCCGGGGCACUCACACGCGAGCGGCGCCCGCAAAGCUGCUGCAGAUCCAAUGUCCUCCUCCGAUGCACUGGAAGAUGACCAAAAGGAAACUUCAGACGCAUCACCGAAUAUUUCUGAUGCAGAUGCAUUUAAAAUUCUCCUGGAGAUGAAGAUGAAGAAGAGACAGAAAAAGCCCAAUCUACCAAGCACUGUGACCGAACUCGUCACUGAGGAAGGAUCUAAGGUGUUCGUGGUUGGUACUGCCCACUUCAGUGACAGCAGCAAAAGAGAUGUAGUGAAGACAAUACAGGAGGUACAGCCUGAUGUGGUUGUGGUUGAGCUUUGCCAAUACAGAGUUUCUAUGUUAAAGAUGGAUGAACAGACAUUACUAAAGGAAGCCAAAGAAAUCAAUCUGGAGAAACUUCAGCAAGCUAUAAAACAGAAUGGAGUCAUGUCAGGACUAAUGCAAAUGCUUCUGCUGAAGGUCUCUGCUCACAUCACAGAACAGCUGGGAAUGGCCCCAGGAGGGGAAUUCAGGGAGGCUUUCAAAGAGGCUGGUAAAGUACCUUUCUGUAAAUUUCAUCUUGGGGACAGACCCAUCCCUGUUACGUUUAAGAGAGCCAUCGCUGCACUUUCUUUCUGGCAAAAAGUCAAGCUUGCUUGGGGCCUCUGCUUCUUAUCUGACCCAAUCAGUAAAGAUGACGUGGAGAAGUGUAAACAGAAGGAUUUACUGGAGCAGAUGAUGGCUGAAAUGAUUGGAGAAUUUCCUGAUCUCCAUCGAACAAUUGUAUCGGAGCGAGAUAUUUACUUGACCUACAUGUUGAAGCAAGCAGCUAAGCGAAUAGAACUACCUCGUGCUUCAGAAACUGAACCCAGAAAAUGUAUCCCGUCUGUUGUAGUUGGAGUGGUUGGGAUGGGUCAUGUGCCUGGAAUAGAAAAGAACUGGAACACUGACUUAAACAUCCAGGAAAUCAUGAGUGUGCCUCCACCGUCAACUUCGAGUAAGGUUCUCAGAUUUGUCAUAAAGGCAACAGUUUUCGGACUGAUGGGAUAUGGCUGCUACCGGGUAGGACAAAGGACAGUUCAAUUUAUUCUCUCGAUGCCAGCAACACAGAACUGUCUUCAGAGGCUGACGGAAAUUAGACCUCGACAUUGA